CCAUCUCCAUGCUUAGUGAGCGUCUUGCGCCGGUUGAUCACCGUGCUCUGCUGCCGCCCGUCCGACGGCGGAGCCUACGGAGCCUGGUCUUCGAUGAACGGCCCUUGAUGGUGCUGGGCGUGCUCCUGCUCUGCUGCAUCGCAUACCUCGGGAAAUGUUCGCAGCUCACACACAAGCACAUUCCAUUCAUCGUGGUGCAUUCUCGUGUGUCAGUCACUGUUGUUGGCUUGUGUGUGCUGUGUGUGUUGCGUGUGUGAUGCAGGUCUGUGUGUGUCGAAUCUGUUUGCUAUGGAGGUCAUCGUAGAGAGGGAGGCGCCCAUCACACACCAACAGUGCGUGCGCACACACAACGACGACAGUAACUUCAUUCCAUCUUUUUCUCUGUGUGAUCAACUGCUCAUCUGGCGAUUGAUUGGUCAGGCUGGCAGUGCUGUUCAUCGGCUUCUCCAUCGCAGCGACUGUCGGUCGUCUGGCGGCCACGAUGGCCAUCGACGCCCUCGGCAGCCGCGUGACGCUCUUCAUCGCCGCAGUGGGGUACACCAUGUGCACCGUUGGCUUCGCAUACAUCGACAGCUGGCCGUGGCGACUGGCACUCUGGUCGGUGAAUGGCGUGUUUGCGCAAGGGUGGGCCUGGCCGGCUGUGGUGGGCAUGUGUGGCAACUGGCUGCCCAUGGAGUACCUGAUGAUCUUUAUGAGGUCAGGGGAGGCAGGCAGAGAGUGCAAUGGUGGGGUGGCAGAUGGUGGAUAUGUGUGUGUGUCUGUGUGUGUGUGUGUGUCACAGCUAUGUGAGCCUGACGCCGCAUGUGGGUGACGCGCUCGUUCGGCUGGUCCUCGGCUUCUUCAUGCCCUACUACACAUGGAAGCAUAUCUUCUACGCGUACCACGACACACGCACACACGCACAACACACAACACAGCCACACCAGACCUGGUCCGCCUCUCUGUCUGCCUGUCUGUGUGCCAGUUGUGCAGCGACGGCCGGUGUGGUGGCGCUGCCAGUGGUGCUGUUCGUCAAGAGCGCCCCGCAGGAGGACCAUGAGACCUCCUUCCAGCUCUCGCGCAUCAUGGAGGAGAAACAGCCCCUCGUCGACCGCCUCAAAGCCAUGGCCAAGCGCAAGGGCCUCUGGGCGCUCUGCCUCACGUCCGGCUGCCUCACCGGCAUCGCAAACCUUUUCACCAGCUACUCGGUCUCCCUCCUCGCCCACUCCCACUGCUAUGACGUCUUCUACCACCACAAGAAGCACGGCGGCCACGAGUCGUUCGCCGACUGCGUGGCGGACCCCGGAACCAACGCGCUGCUUUCCCGCGCGUCGGCAGUGUACCCGUUGAUGGGCGUCGUGUCGGUGGUGGCGUUUGUGCAGCUGGCGAGCCGGCUGCCGCGGACCGGCCGGGCCUUUCUGCUGAUGGGUUUCCAGACGGCGUGUGCGGUGGUGCUGACGCUGAUGGUCAUCUUUUGGAAGAACAUGAGCUACUGGUACAUUGUGGUGGCGCUGGCGGCCCUGGGGCUGACCAUCCUGGGGCCCGCACGGAUGACCACCGACCAAUUCGCCAUAGAAGCUGGAGGUACGUGGAUGGGCUGUGCGGUCCACUGUGGAGUGUGUGUUGUCUUGUGUUGUGUUGUGUUGUGUUGUGUGUGUCAUUUUCAUAGGCCGCAAGUUGAAGGGGACGGCGAUGCUGCUGGUAGGUGUGAUGGACAACCUGUGUAUGGUCCUCACCUUCGUCGUCAAGGGCUACCUCGGGCCGAGGUGGCAAGCCAUGCUCGCGUAAGUACGCAGACAGACCAUACCAUACAUACACCCCACCCACCCAGCCGCCAUAAACACACACGCAUAAACACACACACACAUUUGUGAUGGCCAUCUGUCCCUCCCUCCCUCUCUCCUUGUCUGUGUGCUGUGCUCUGCUGUGCAGUUUCUGCGUCUUGACGAUGCUGCUGUCCAUCUAUGCCACCCACCUGCUGGAGCGUGCUCUCGACCUCAAGACGUCCUCCAAGAGGAAGCGCAACCGGUCCCUGCAGAAGAAGCGGCAGCGCUUCUCGGCCCGCAUGGCCGGCCCCCCCUCCGCCUUCGCCGGCCGCUCCCGACUCUUCUCCCCCACCCUCCGACGCAUCACAGAGGUCGACGAGUCUUCUAGCCAGGGCAAGAGCUCACGCAAGACCGUGUCCGCCAAACCUGACGUCGACGAGCCGGAGGACGGCGGGGAGGGGAGUGGGGACGUGGCUGUGCCUGUGCCUGUGCCUGUGCCUGUGCCGGCUGCGACGGCAACAGCACAACAAAGGCGAGAGCGAGACGAGAAGGAGGCCGAGUGGGACGUGGUGAGGGAGCAGCUGUGGGCCACCGCGGGCCCUCGCGUGGCCGGCUCGCCACCGCCCUCGGUUGCAGGCAGCCAUCGCAGCUCGGUCUCGAACAAACCUAGCGACAUCUCCGGCAGCCCCGACACGUCACAGCGACGCGUGGCGCCUGCAGAUGAGCUCUCCCACACUGCAGCAGCUGCUGCUGGCGAGGAGAGCAGGUCAUUAACUGUAGGGGACGAUGGGAGCAUUGGUGGGCCUGGGGCGGAGGGAGAGGGCGAGGGCGAGUUAGAGGGAGAAGGAGAGACGGAGGGCGAGGAGGGAGAUGACUUCUUCGAAGAAUCCGCCGCCGACGCCGACGCCGAGGGGUUCAUGGAGGUCAGUCCACAACGAGAUAGAUACUCGACACACGUCAACACAUGCACACGAGUGGCUGUGGCUGUGGCUGUGGCUGUGUGUGAUGUUCCAUCUAUCUAUCUAUCUGUCUGUCAGGCUGAGGUGGAUGCCGACCAGCGCUAUGACGGCGAGUCGCCCGAGGAGCGCGAGAUGCGCAUGAUAUCGCUGCACCGACGGACCAUGUACCACAUGUCGCUGCACGACCCCAUCGUGUGAUCGAUGUGACCCUCACCUCACCCACCUCACACCCAGUAAGGGGCCACCGUAGUAGCUGCCUGCCGCGGUUUUGCGAUCAAAUAUACACACACCUACAUAAUUGAGCGACUGAGGGAGGGCGUUGCGUAAGGUAACGUAAGGUGUACCCUAUUUGUCAGCGAGUGGCGAGUGUUAGGCGGCCAGAGGAGGCGUCUGCACGUGUGUGUGGGUGGGUGGGUGUGCAAAGAUCCAAGAGAGCGACAGAGCGCGGCGCACAUGGGUCCAUCCACGAUUUGGGCAGGAGAGGCUUUAAGGCUGCUUACAGACAUACACACCAUACAUGUCGGGGUGUGUGUGUGUGCGUGUCGGUGUUGGUGUCUAUGUGUCGCUAUGAUGCCUAGUAGGGCUGACGGGGGUGGGGGGGGAGUCGGCAGCAUCAUGAUGUGUGUGCCGAUGAAUGGAAGGAUGGGCGGACAGGACGAUGGGUGCUUUAUGCAUUCUGACUGACGUUGUUCAAGUGUGCGCAC